AUGAGUAACAUUUGAUUUGCGCUGCAAUAUCUUGUAACGCAGUUGUCUCAAAUGGAGCAAAAAUUUACCAUAAGCUCUCUAACCGAGUGUUUGGUCAACUUAGCAUCAACAACAGUGGCAAUAUUAACAGUCAGCGUCUCCUAUGCUCUUGGUAGUAGGCCUAUCAGCUGUUGCUGCGUUAAACGAUAUGCCGAUGCCUUUUUGAGGUCGUCGACGGCACAUAGAACCUGGUACACUCGUAUUAACACUUUGGGGGAACUUUAUCAAAACGUGUCAGAUAUUGUUGAGGCACAUUCGAGACAGUCUGAGAGACAAAGGGGCACGGUGAUCAUUGUGAACGGACACGACUGCAGAGAUGAAGUGGUCAGUGUUGGAACAGAAGAGAUGCCUCGGACAGCUUUUAUAGAUCAGUUGGUGAAGACAUUGAUGAUUGGUCGCACAUCUGGUGCCAUUUGGAUUAUUUUUGCCAUUUGUCACGGCCACCAUGGGGUGGAGCAGAGGGCCACUGAACCCAAGGACUUGGCGUCCAAAGACAUAAUAGUGACCUUAAAUGAAACAGAUGACAGCGAUGAAAAGCCAUAUUCAGUGAGGUGUCUAGAAGAUGAUGUUGGUCUGGGCUGGUCGCAGAUGGACCAAGAACAGCAGCAAGAAAACCACGAAAAUCAAGAAAGUUUUGUUGAAGCGGCCCAUGGAUUUGAAAUAAUAGCCACAGACAAGGCGGGGGGAACAAUAACCCGUACAACAACUAAUACCAAAAAUGGCAGCGGAAGUCCUCGUGGUUACAGCUUUGAUUUGUUUCCUGAAGCCGAUUUAAUUCAAAAGUAUCUCUGUAGCUUCUGUGAUUUGGUGUUACGGAGGCCUGUGCAGAGUCACUGUGGACACCGAUACUGUGCAGAUUGUUUUGAGUAUGUAAUCAGCUUGGACGAUCCAGUCUGUAAACCAUGCGAAGAUGAUGGAGAUAAGGUGUACAUUACGCAGUCGAAGCAAUUCCCUGACGUUGCAAUAAGAAGAGAGUUGGAAAGAAAACUAAUUGUGGUUUGUAAAAAUCAAGGAUGUGAAUGGAAAGGAAAAUUUGGAAACUACGUCGAGGAUCACGAAAAUUCAUGUCCUUUCCGCGUGUCCAGCUGCCCCAAUAAUUGUGGGCAACAGCUACCCUGGAACCAAGUGGACAAGCACUUGAAGGACAAAUGCCCAUUGAGAACUGUUAAAUGUCGCUACUGUCCCAGGUCAUUCAUCGCUAACAGAAACAAGAUUUUGAGACACCAGCGAACCAACUGUCCCAAAGACAAGAUGGUAUGCCAGUAUGGAUGUCAAAACAAGUUCUCCGUUAAUCAAGCACACCAACAUAAUGAAGAAAACGUUCUGAAACACCUCGACUUCAUGCGGGAGAGGGUCAGAUCUCUCCUGGAGGAAACCGAACAGAAGCAACACGACAGAUACGACAGAAAUAUGGGCAACUUGAAGCGACGGCUCUCUUCCUUACAGCGUGAUGUUGACAACUUGGAAAGCCAAACACAAGAGGUUAAUACAAGAGUAGAUUCACUGACGAGCAAAAAAAAGGACCAAGAGGCAACAGUCUCCGAAUCUGUUCGAAAAGACCUUGAAGCUCUGAAACUGAGGGAAGGUGUGAUGGAAAGUAAGUCUGGUACUUUUGAGGGAAUCAUUGCUGUUUUGAACAGAGAGAUCGAGAAAUGCGCCUCACUCUUGGAAGAAUACGACCGACAAAUGCGUCUUGACCGGGAAGCUCUGACCAAUGCUGAAAGAAAAUGCAAAUCCUUCGAACGCGCCCUUGCUCUAAGAGAUGUCAGUAUGGCGGAACAGGACCUCCGCAUCCAAGCCCUAGAGACCGCCAGCUAUGAUGGUGUCAUGGUCUGGAAGAUCGCCGACUUUUCUAAGAAACACCACGAUGCCAUCACUGGCCGCCUGACCAGUUUCUACUCCCCUGCGUUCUACACCGACCCGCACGGCUACAAGAUGUGCUGCCGAAUUUAUCUCAAUGGCGACGGAAUGGGGAAAGGCAGUCACAUCAGCCUCUUCUUUGUCGUCAUGCGAGGAUAUUACGACGCUCUGCUCGCGUGGCCAUUUAAACAAAAAGUCACCCUCAUGAUCCUUGACCAGAGCAAUCGUGAACAUGUGGUGGAAGCGUUCAGACCAGACUCUGCCAGCUCCAGCUUCAAGAAGCCGACUUCAGAUAUGAAUAUUGCAAGUGGCUGCCCGUUGUUUCUGUCGCUGGAAAGGCUUGGUGGGUCCAACACGGCUUAUGUGAAAGAUAACGCGAUGUUUGUGAAGGUCGUGGUGGACUGCACAAAUAUCUAA